AUGAAUUUACUCCAGAGGCUUCCUGAGAUAAUACUAAAGGAAAUUUGUCGAUACCUCAGCAUUACCGACCUCAUAAAUGUUUGUAUUGCAUAUCCUAGGAUGGAAUCAAUGCUUAACUACACCAUAUUCUCCCGCCAGAUGCGUGAAUAUUUGAGUCGAACGCAGUGGCUAGACACAGUGCUUUUUCAUACGCUUCGUCCCACUCUCGACAAGGCAGAACAGCCAGCACUCAAAACUGCCAUUCUGCACCACAUUCGCGAGAUCAAACGCAGGGACCGCUUGAAUGCGAAUCCUCGCCAGAGCAGUAGAGUCAUCAAAUUUUUGGUGUUUCGUAGUAGAAGGAUUGAUCGACCUCUUCUUGACCAUUUGUUUGAUACCAUUUUGAGCCUUACCGAUGAGAAUGGAAGCCCUCUUUUAAAGCCUGAAGGAAAAAACGACAGCUUUUGGAAAGUUACUGGCAACAUUUCUUCAUACCCCAUUUUAAUCCAUAUUUACACCUUCGAUGAUUAUUACAAACGGCAAUUCUGUCUACUUUUUGACAGCUUGUUCAGCGCUUACGACUGCGUGCUAAGUGUGAUACAGUUUGAAUCGGACAAGUAUAAAUACCUUAGUGAAAUAGACGACAUUGCCAGUAUGACUGCCAGUGUCACAACAUACCGUGAACCACUGAUGCUUGUUCUAGCCGCCAGUAUGGAGGCAACGGCAACACCAGAGGCAGCCGAGGACAAUGAUCAAUAUGAUCGUCUCAGUCGCCUCGGUCGAAGAAUCGACACUAGUCUAACGCCAAAUAGUUCAUUGGCUGCACUCAACUUAAGUCAGUGGUGUGUGUGGCGUAUUUAUCAACGAGAAGGGAAGUUCACCAACGUGUUGAGGGCCCUUCAGUGGGCUAUAGCGGAUAUCACCGGUGCCGACGCUGUUUGGGAAAGGCGACGCUUUAAAGCCCAGUCUGACACACCCUCGACAUCGCAUGGCACCCAGUAG